CUGAAAGAAGGAGCACAAACUCUCCUUCGUUCCUCCUACUAACUAACUAUCCAUUCUCCGGGUGCACAUUAUAGAUAAGUGGUGUUGGUGGGUACUCCUCGCAUUGUGGUGGACCCAAGGUCUUCUUCUGCUCCUCCGUCCGUGGUGCAGAGUUGUGGGCUUUCUCUAUUGACAUGAGCUUUCGCCGGAUCUAUCUCUCAACCGCUACCUAUUAUUUACCAUUUCACUCCAACCCACGGUCGUCCGAGGGACACGGCUAUUUCCAGUUCGUGGUGACGUUUCGUCAUCAUCAGUAGUGGUGGAGGAUAUCUCAUCGAUUUGAAAUAAGUAAAACUGAGAAAGAGAGAGAGUGAGCAUACAUUUCUCGGUUGAGAAAGUUUGUGGCAGUUCUCACUUUCCUCUGGCUGAUGGUGGACGUGUGAGCCUAGAAGCACAAGGUAUUAGCAGAGAAAGAAAGAAUAGAGUUUUUUGUGGAACGUGUUCUACUUCGAGUACAACAACACAAAUCAACCUCAUUUUCUCUUGAAGGAACGACCCACCUCCACACCGCUUCACUGCAGUUUUUGAGGGGGAUGAAUCUUUGGCCUUGUUGAAGGUGAAGUUGAUCGACACUAUUUCGCAAGGAAAUGUGCAACGUUGUUGAAUAUUCGAUUCGAAUUCCGUAGUGAGUAUGGAAAUAAAAUCAAAGGUGCAGCUAUCGACGGAGAAAUAAAUAUUUUAUCAACAUUUAUCCUGUUGUGAAGAGAAGGAGACGAAACUAACAAGUUUUUGCCUUGAUUUGCGAACACUUUAUUCGAUAUCUUUGCGAAAAACACUUUCGCAGAUAGAACCUCUUCAAAUCAACUCGAGUAUAAAGUUUUAUCACCCACUGAAAUCUCUCGCCCUACAUCAAGGGCAUAUUGAAGAAGACGCUAAUCAAAUUAUCCAUUUCAACUGACUCCUUCUCCAGCAGAUUUGGCUUGCGAGUUGGUAAAGUGGUUUUGAGGUGCGAGGUCAGAACUUGAUCCGCUUAUUGAUUUUGGAAUUGAGUGAGAGGAUUCGAAGUCACGCUCUCCUCCUCCGCACUCUGCCAACAUACUAAUACAUGAACCUAUGUAUAUACGUAUGUGUACAUAUUCUGAACCAUUUUGAGUCUGGAGAAAGCAGAAAAACUGAAAGGUGUUACUUUCUCUCCCCAAUCUCGGCAGAGGAUUGAUCACCCAAAAAUGCCUUGUCACGACUACGUGUGGCCUGAAAAUAGUAAUUUGUCUCUGUGAUAAAGUGCACCGGGGACAAACAAGUCAAACAAAUCAAAUCAAAUCAAAAAAGUAACUUCUAGCCUGGCAAGAAUAUUGAGACAACAGAGUUUUCCUUGCUUUAUACAAAUUUUGCACUGCAAUCGGUCAAAACGACGUCCUCACAAGAACUCGUGGUUGUGUUGGAUUAUUUUAUUUUAUUUCCUUUUUCAUCAUCUCCCUACCCUGAGGAACGUGAUGGUCCAUGUUGCCAGCGCCGGAGGAGGCCGGCACAAGAUGCUAGCUUUUGAGUCUGCUGAGCCAUUGUUGAGACCUGUGGACACGACAUCAAUUAUCACAGUGAACACGAUCGAAACUAGUUCUAAUUCUUCUUCGAGUAGUCCCAGCCCAUCACCGAGUAAUGCGAGUGUUGAACCAGUUGUCAUUGUGUCGGAAGUUCACAGUCGAGAAUUACACAUAAUUGCAGAAGAACCCACUACUGGCAAUUCUAGUCCCACUUUAUUAAUAGGCCAAAAAAAGAACCACAACAAUCAUUCGUCAAAUGUCGGUAACGGUAUUGUAACGCAACAACAGCAGGGCAAAAUGAAUCAAAAUCGGGACGGAAGUAACGGGAAUGCCAAUUUUUUGGCUGAUACUUUUAAUUCUAAUCAUAACUCCAAUAUGAAUAAACAGUCCGUGAAGCCAGACGGGCUUGCACUCAUUUCCCAUGGUCUGACCGACUCUGUUUGCGAGUCGCUGAAAUUGCUGGACAACGAGAAUGAAAAUGUGGAGGAAGGAGAGAACAAAGUAUUUACGGAAGAAGUCGUAAUUACCACGAUUGUCAAGAAGGCAAAAACGGGAAUUAUGAAAACGACAACCUCACAUACCUCCAGCACAACAACCAAGUCGGAGGAAUGGCAUAAACAUGAUUACAUUAUGGAAGAAGGCAGCCUCAAUGAGAGCAAUGAUGCUGAUGAUCUCCCACUACUUCCGUCUGGAAAUUCCAGUUGCGAAGCAGUUUCCUCCAUUCCAACCAACCAAUUUGGUGCCGAUCCAGCAGAUUCCUCAAAUACCGGCCAAGUCGCGAAACUGUCAAAAUUGGGAAACGGUUCUAAACAAGUUGGGCUGAAGAGGGUUUCAUUCGGGAGUUCAAAGACUGGACUGGUUGAAACUCUUGUGUACGAAACCCCAACCCAGGAAGAAUCACAAAAUGGGUCAGCAAUUGGAGGAGGACUGGGAAAUAAUGAUGAGACGAAAGCUGUCUCAAUUAAUGACGACGAUAAAAGUGGGAACGACGCUGUUGGGGGCUCAACUGGAGGUUCGAGACCACCAUCCCGUGUCCGUGUGACCUUUUUUGAGUCGGAGAAGCCGUUAGCAGUGAGCUCACCCGAGUCAGAUAUCCUUGACUUUGAUUUGAGUAACAUGACGCUACCUGGAAGCCCCAACGCGGUGGACCAUCCCCCCAACUACAACCGACAGAUGAGCGAGGGCUGGGACAACCCUUUCCGACCAGACGGGGACUUGAGCAAGGAGGCGGAUCAAAUCGUCGAACUCAUAAAAGAGGGGAAGCCAAUCAACGAGGAAAACUUGCGAAGUAAAAGUCCCAGUGUCAACGAGUCCUUCAACGUCUCUCAUAAUAACCAGCUAAAUGCAUCUCCAAGGAAAGAAGCCAAUGGAACUACAGUCAAUGGGAGUGGAGGACCACCAGACACCGUUCAACACGGUGUCGUCCAAGCCGGCCAAGCUGCACAAGUCGAACAUGUCGUCCUCAAAAAGAAGAAAGGCUGCUGUGUUAUCCAAUAGAUGGUUUUUAUUUUGUUAGACUUAGGUAACUAUACUAUUCGACUAGCACGAUGUAGCUUUUAUUAAUUUUAAACUAUGACCGCGAAAGUGCAUGCAUAGGAUUUAAUUAUUAUUAGUCCUGGCAAACUCUGGGUGGGGGUGCCCUCUUGCUCUCCUCCUCCUUUUAAAUAUGUCUUGCGUAUAUGCGUUGAAUUUUUGUUUAAUAAUGUGCAUAUUCGCAAAGAGAGAACUUUAUUUGUACGCAGGUAUGGAUGCGUUUAAAAAAAUGCAUGACUCAGGAAAUUCUUGCAACUAUUUUCCAAAGUGUUAUUUAAAAAUCUAAUCGAAAACCGGUCACUGACAUAAUCCACUUAAUUUUGGUUUCUAAUCAAUAUAUAUUCAACGUUUUUGGCUUCCGACCUGUAACAACGCGUAUAAAAAAUUGUUCAUUUUAUGUAUGUAAUUACUUACAAGUUUGCAAGAGUUUUGAAAGUUGGACUGAAUUAAAAUAAAACUAAGUCAUUUAGAUUAUUGUUAAUUGUUGAUUUUACUUAAUGAUGCAUGUUAAAUGCUGUGAAAAUUCUAUUCAACUUUGCAUUUUUAUUCUGUAAUACUUUCCUGAAUCGAAUUUUAAAUCUUUGCCAACACAACUAUUGUACUAUUAUGUAUUACACAUUAUGAUGAUGACGUACGUACUGUAUAAGCUUUGGCCCUACUGGCAGCUUCUCUAUAAUAAUGUAACAAAUUAAACUUUAUGCCUUUUCUAAAAAAAGGAAAAUUACGAGAUUACUAAAAAAGUAAAAAUACCUUGAAUUAAUGAUGUUUCCAACCCCCUUGGUUGUCAAAAACCUCUCAGAUGCAAAUUUACCUCAUCAAUUGGCUCCUACGACAUAGUUUUACCUUGAAGUGAGACUGAUUCCUUAAAAUAUUUAUCGGAUAACUUCUAAACGAAAUUACUUAAUUAUAGCUUGAGUAGUUAUAACUAGAGUGAUUGUUCGAGAGUUCGCAGCCUUGCAUGGUCCUUAAACAUACAGACAUCGACGUGUCUGUAGACAAUUACAUGAGAGAGUGAGAGUGAGAAUCAUUCAAUAAACUCGUAAAUUACAAAUAGAUACAUAAAACUAACUAACUCUGUAUAACGGUGCUGUUGAAAUAUGGAAAAAUCUAUUUUUCAUAGGCUAUAGUUUAAAGAUUAUCAUCAUAGUGCUGACGGUGUGUAUUGUGUGUUUAAGAAAACACGACGAUGACGGUUCCAGUCACCAGCGUGUGACGGCAACACUAUUUUAUCUGAUUAUAAUAAUUGACUAAUUGCUAGAUACUCGUGUAGCUACCUAAACUGAAUUAGAAAAAAAUCCAUUUGAUUGUGCAUAAAACAGCAAAUUUUACGUGUAACUUUAAGGAGGCGGAGCAGACGGCUCGCGAGGUGUAAAAUAACGGUUUGAUAUUGAAGCAUUAGGUACAGUUGCAUACAUACAGUUGCAAAAUUGUAAUACUGGAUUCGUACAGAUUUCAAGUGGUUUGGAAUAAGUUUGUAGAGAAAUGAUAUAAAAAAUUGUCACAGCUUGCAUACCAAAUUCAUUGUAAUUAAAUGUCAAAAUAUACCUUAAAAAAUUUCUAGGUACGAAUGUGUACAGUUCGUAAACGUUGUCAACUUAUAUCCGACAUAAAUAUAUAAAUGUUCUAAAUAUAAUACGGCAGCAGUUACUCAUUUGUUUAUUAAUUAAACUCGUAUUUACUUACUCAAAGCCAUUUGAAUUAAUUUGGCUUUGCUAAAAAUCGGUGGGAUUCAGUUACGCAUAAACUAAUUUCUACUUUGUACUUACACAAUACGUUAUUUACUUGAAUUAUAGCAAUGUCAAUUUAUUAUGCUAAUAAGUAGUGUCCAAUGUUCAGGUUAGUUGCAACUCAGUGCUGUGAUGUUGAUUUUGUUUCAUUUUCAUUCUUUAAAUUGUCACGACCGAAAGAUUAUAGACCUCCUUUAUCAAAUUUAUUUGAACUGUUUACUGCGUCCGUUAAAUGUUAAUUUUGACUAAAAAUAUCUAUCUUUGUAUUUGCGAAUUGAAUGAUUUCUGAAGAAGCAUUUAAAUAAUUAUUGUUGGAUGAAAAAAAUGUUGAUUUAGCUGCCAAAGGUGUCCGCUGAAAAUAAAUCCUUUGAUAAAUAA